GACUACACACUUUACACGAAACCCCUCGUAGUUCUUCGUCCUCCCAAGCUUCCCCACACCCCGCUUCCUCCCCUCUCUGUCCCCCCUCGCCCCCAAUCUCGCGCGACGCCACCAAACCCUAGCCCCCAAAUCGCUCGCCGGGGAGAGGCCGGAAGGGCGGGAGGCCGGAGGCGGACGCCGCUCGCCGGCGCCGAUGGAGGUGAAGCUGUGGAACGACAAGCGCGAGCGGGAGCUCCUGGAGAGCCUGGCGGACCUGUACGCGAUCAUCAAGGCCACGGAGAAGCUGGAGCGCGCCUACGUCCGCGACCUCGUCUCCGCCGCCGACUACGAGGCCGACUGCCUCAAGCUCAUCUCCCAGUUUAACUCCCUCUCCUCCUCCCUCGCCGGGGUCGUCACCAUCCCGCGCUUCGUGCAGGCCUACCGCCUCGACUGCCCCGCCGCCCUCAACCGCCUCGUCCAGUCCGGCGUCCCCGCCACCAUCGAGCUCCGCGCCGCCACCGCCUCCUCCUCCGCGCCGGCCGCCACCGCGGCCUCCGCAUCCGCCAUCGCCCAGUGCGUCCAGAGCUUCAUCACCGCCAUGGACGCCGUCAAGCUCAAUAUGCUCGCCAACGACCAGGUCCGCCCCCUGCUCCACGACCUCUCCACCUCCAUGGGGAAGCUCGGUACCGUCCUGCCGCCCGACUUCGAGGGGAAGGUCAAGGUGAACGAGUGGCUCGCGAAGCUGCAUAAGAUGGGGGCCGGGGACGAGCUUACAGAUCAGCAGGCCAGACAGCUCAAUUUUGAUCUGGAAUCAGCGUAUAGUGCGUUUAUGGCCUCGCUUCCCACUGCUGGCCUGUGAACAAGGAUCGGCUUGGUUCUGAGUUGAUUCUUCUUUCUGUUUUGUCAUGCUCUUGUCUUGCAAUGGUAUACAUAUGUGUAAUUUGGCUCAAUCUAUAUCGUUUGUGUACAACAAUGCCAAUCUUAUGGAAAGUUGCUCCCUACAGAUCGAUUGUUUCAUACUGUUUAUAGGGACCCUUGAUUGUAUUCAGCGUACAGUGUGUUUAUGGCCUCGCUUCCACUGCUGUUCAAAGGAUUGGUUUUGCUCUGAGCUGUUCUUAUGUUUGUACUUUGUUACAAUGUUGUCUUUUGACCACUACUGUGGGUGCGAUAUAUGUGUAAUUUGGAUUGUGUUUUAUUCUU